UUACAACAAUGGUUGUCCACCUUCGUGCAGCUCUCCCCCAACUCCCAGAAUCAGGGUACAACCAUCUUCACCCCAAAAACUCUAUCCAGACCCAACAUUCCUGCCGUCGCCAAAGUCCUUUUUGAUUCAUCCAAGGAGGCCCCCUCCGGCGUGGGUCUGGACUCCACCUAUAACUUUGGUAUUCACAGUUUUAUCCAAGACCUCUUGGUCACAAGGCAGUACUGCCCACUUACUCUGUUCACUAAUUCUAACACCGAACAUCUACACCACGAGGGACACUCCCUCAAAAGAUCGAAGAUAAAUGUCGCUGGGAUCUCAUAUCACCUUCUCAAUCUCUCUCAAUUUGAGAAUGAGCUCGACAUGGACCCUCUCUCCUGGCAAGAGGCAUACCAGCACUAUCUUACCUGGAUAAAGGACAUUGGUGAUGCUCCAUCUCUCGACCGCUGGACCAAUCAUUUUACCACUCUCUCCAAGGAUGACGUGGUCCGCAAGAACUUUCGCGCCAUCAUUGAGUUCGACAUCAAAACACAUCAAAACUACACUCUGCGC